GUUCUUCAGUUUUCGUCAGUUUGCGGAGGAACACGCAGCGUUCUCGUUUCGUUUCGCAGACUUUUUAUAAUACGUACGGUUGGUUAAUUGCUUUGUGUCGCGUCGCGAAAUCGUCGGCGAGUGGUAAUUCGAUCUGUCGUGGCUCUCGCGCGCCGAACGAAACUUGUGCGAGUAAAAGACGACGGUCAGCUAUCGAGAUGGCCAGGUAUCGAGACGGCCAGCUAUCGAGACGGCCAGCUAUCGAGACGACAGCUCCGGACGAUAAGAAAGCGACCGCUGGUCGGAGUUUUCCACGGCGGAAAGGCCCGAUAGGGUGGCUCUCGAGGACAAGUUUACGAAAAACAUACAAGACGAAAAAAGAAAAUAUCUGAAUCUGAUAUGAAUCCACCAAGACAAAAUCAUAAUAAAGGCUAUGAUUCUGAUUUAAGUCCACCUAGAAUGUCUAAAUCUAAGAACUAUGAUCCUGAUUUAAGUCCACCUAGAAAAUCUAAAUCUAGGAAUGACGAUUCUGAUUUAAGUCAAACAUUAGAUGGAAAGAAAGCUGGAUUGCAAGAUGCAAGGGCAUUACGAGAGGAAACAGAAGCCCAUAAAAAAAGAGAAGCUGAACACUUUAGCAAGCUUAGCAAAAAAGUCACUGGCGUUGAUCAGACUGCAAUUCUACAAGAUUCUAAAACGGGUAGAAAACGUAAUUUAGAAGCAGAAGCAGCAGAGGAGCGCGAGAAACAGAACAGACAAACAGAAUUGAAUGAAAAGUAUACUAAGUGGGGGAAGGGGUUGAAACAAGUCGAAGAUCGCGAAGAAAAAUUAAAAGACGAUCUCUACGAAAUGAGUAAGCCACUUGCAAGAUAUGCAGACGAUGCCGAUUUGGAUAGAAGACUCAGAGAUCAAGAAAGAGAAGGCGAUCCGAUGUUAGAAUAUAUUAAACAGAAGCAGAUUGAGGAGGGAAAGAGAAAACCAGAUCGACCAACUUACGAGGGAUCUUUCAUGCCAAAUCGAUUCGGUAUCAAACCUGGAUACCGUUGGGACGGCGUCGACAGGAGUAAUGGCUACGAGAAAAAGUGGUUCGAAGCGCAAAACGCUAAGACGGCUCUUCAAGAAGUAGCCUAUGAAUGGAGCACUGCUGACAUGUAAAAUGUAUACACUUUCUGUUUGUAUACGAAUUAGGGUAAUAGGAAUUCAUGAACUCGAUUUCGAAGCGUAAAACAUUCGUAUUUGAGACGGCCUAAAACUGUUCCGGCUGAAGUUGAAGCUCGAACGACCAACGCCAAGCUAUUCGACUAACGAAGUUUGCAAUUAAGAACUUUUUUAAUCCGAUACGAGAGUGAAAAACAUUUUAAAAUCUCACUCUUAUACAUUACGGCAGUAAUGUUGUUAUAUCAAUUACUGAGAUCAUUUAUUCUUAAUUAUUUCGUGAUAUUCUAAUUUAUAUUUACUCUGUAUUGGUGUUUUUCAAUGUGUCCAUAGCACAUACUGUACUACAAAGUACAUAAAAAUUCGAUACUU